GUCCAAAGACCAAAACUAUCUCCUCCAGCUAAUCUGGAAGGAGGAGUUGAGUGCUUUCUAGGCAGCUUCUGCACAAAAGGCACGAACCACUGGAAACUGGGAGCAGCAUUGUCUCAUUGCAGAGAUGAAGAAGAAGGUGAUGAGGAAAAAGAGUGAAACAACAUCUGAGCAACAGGGGUAUGUCUUUACACAUUUCCUAAGUGACUGAUUGCUUCUGGAAUUGAACUAGACCCCUGCAUCUGCAACAUGUUAUUAUCACACCCAUUAAUCUGUUGAUGAGAGACUGGUGUUGGAUAAUUCAAAGAAGAAUUCUGUCGUUCGAGAAAUGAAUGCGGCUUUUUUUAUUAAAUCAUGAUGUAAAUCAAUCAGUUGUGUAUCCCUAAAAAGUACAGUACAGUACAUGCCUUUUGUUUGCUUGGUUUGCAAAGACUUUUCAAGCCUAAGUACUGGACAGCUGUGUGUAUCUGGAGCAUCGAAAAGGAUAUUAUAUUUUGCCUGGAAUUUAUGACACCAAUUCAACCAGAGAACCCAUCAUGAUUUCUGUAUGUAAAAUGAAAAGCCCAAAGCUUGACUAAAAAGACUGCCUUUUGGCAUGAACCAUAUGUGUAGCCUUGGAACAGAGAUCAUUAUGGUAAUAGCCCCCACAUCAGAAUCAAUCAGCCCUGGGUCUCUACCUAACGAUGCCCAGGAGACCACUAUCCAGAACAAAACAGGAAAGAGGAGGAAGAGCAUGCUGAAACAAUCAUGGAUGGAGACCACCGUAGCUUUCAUGAGGAGGACCAAGGUCCACGGUCUGAUGUUCGUCUUCUCCCCGGAAAAGACCCUGCCCCAGCGGAUCCUCUGGCUCCUGGCCUUUUUUGUAUGUGUGAGUCUCUUGUUCACCUGGUCUUGGAACCGCAUCCUCUACCUGAUGUCCUACCCAGCCGUCACCAAGAUUAAGAUGGAGUGGGCUCACAACAUGUCCUUCCCGGCCGUGACCUUCUGCAACCACAACCUGUUCCGGGUGUCCAGUCUGACCAAGGUUGACCUGUACCACAGCGGCUACUGGAUGGACCUGAUGCACCAGAACCACACGGUUAUGGAGAGGAGCCUGGCCCUUCUGAGGGACAACCACAAGUACAACCUUCUCAGCCUGCUGGACUUCAACGGCUACACUCCGCCUCCUCGUUACCAUGUCAACACCACCGAGAUGAUUGGCAGGCUGGGCCACCAACUGGAGGACAUGUUGCUGGAAUGCAGGUUCCGGGGGAGAAAAUGUACUCACCAGAACUUCAGCACCAUUUACACGCGGUAUGGGAAAUGCUACACCUUCAACUCUGGUUUGGACGGCAACCCGUUGUUGACGACGUUAAAAGGCGGGACAGGAAAUGGGCUGGAGAUCAUGUUAGAUAUCCAACAGGAUGAAUACUUACCUGUUUGGGGAGAGACAGACGAGACCUCGUACGAAGCAGGCAUCAAGGUUCAGAUCCACAGCCAGGACGAGCCUCCUUUCAUUGACCAGCUGGGAUUUGGUGUGGCCCCUGGUUUUCAAACUUUUGUGUCAUGUCAGCAGCAACUGCUUCAGUACCUCCCUCCCCCUUGGGGAGACUGCAAGUCCACUCCCAUCGACUCAGAGUUCUUCUCCACAUACAGCAUCACAGCCUGCCGUAUCGACUGUGAGACACGCUACCUGGUGGAGAACUGUAACUGCAGGAUGGUCCACAUGCCCGGGACCUCAAUGGUAUGCACACCCGAGCAGUAUAAAGACUGUGCAGACCCAGCUUUAGACUUCUUGGUAGAAAAAGACAAUGACUACUGUGUGUGUGAGACACCAUGCAACAUGAUACGCUAUGGCAAGGAGCUGUCCAUGGUGAAAAUACCCAGUAAAGCCUCUGCCAAAUAUCUGGCCAAGAAAUUCAACAAAACUGAGCAAUACAUCGGAGAAAACGUACUAGUCCUGGACAUCUUCUUUGAGGCGUUGAAUUAUGAGAAGAUUGAGCAGAAGAAAGCGUAUGAAAUUGCAGGGUUGCUUGGUGACAUCGGAGGUCAGAUGGGUCUGUUCAUUGGAGCCAGUGUUUUAACAAUACUGGAAAUAUUUGACUACUUAUAUGAGGUAUUUAAGGAUAAAGUUUUGGGUUACUUCAUGCGCAAGAAGCGACCACAGCGUUGUCCUAGCGACAAUCUGAUGACUGUUGAUGUGAAGCAAGCACAAAACCUUGGAGAGCAGCUUUUGUUCCUGAGCCAAUGACCCUCCCUCUCUGAUCAAGACUGACUGGUACAGAUUAUGUCCAACUAUGGGCAACACUUAAGAUGCCUUUAGUUGCCAUUACACCUAUGUAACUACACAGUAAUAACUGCAGUAACAACCUUGUACCAUUACAGGGUAAUACUAAAGAUACAGUAUGUGUCCUGGGGUGACACUUUAUCCACUAUGAGCCAAAUACCAAUAUCAUUCAGAAUUUCUUUGAAGUUGUGAACUUUUCAGGAGUGUUUCAAUCAUAUAAUGUGGUUUAGUGUUGUUUUGUUGUGAGCAAUAAAUGCAUUGAUUUGAAAAUGACACUUCAAAAUGCAUUGAUUCGAAAAUGGGACGAUCAAGGUAUUCAUUAUCAAGUCUGGUCAAACUGUACUGCUGCCCUACUACUAAGUUGAAGUUUGAAAGUUAUGAUGAUCUGAAUUUCUCUGGUGGGUGUGGCAUAAAGGAAUGAAUGGUUAAAUCUCUGCUGUACUGUGAUGCCACAACUGAUGAUGUGACAUUGUCUUGCUUUUGACUGUAUUUGACUGUCUGUCAUGAUGAACAUAGUGGAGGUCAAUCAUAAAACUUACCACCAGGGUUUACCACCUGUCCUUUCCAAGACAACAGGUAAAUACUGACAGAAUACAUUGCAACUAUUAUGAUGCAAGCGUAAAUCAAAUCUACAAUUAAUUCAUUUUAAAGUCAGAAUUAUAAAACAAGUGGUAAACUUGCUAUGCUACAGUUUUAUGAAUACUCUGCACAAUGUACUGUCUCCAUCUACAAUCCUUACUCACCCCUGCCUUACUGCCAAUCAAAGAACAGCAGAGCAGAAGCUAAAGAACAGCAGAGCAGAAGCUAAAGAACAGCAGAGCAGAAGCGAAAGAACAGCAGAGCAGAAGCUACUACUGAAAAUGGACAUGGUCCUGUCAUAUUUGAAUAAUACCGGCAAUACUGGUUGUGCUAAUUGAUUCAAGUCUUUUAAUGGAUAUUUUAUAGCAUAAUUCAUUACAGCCAAGUAGAUGACAGUGUUAUAUAUUUCUGUCAACCAAUAGUCUAAAGACCUUUAUUCUUGCAGAUUAAUUAUAAUGUGAAUUGUUAUUGCACCUUACCUCUUUUCCUCCUUGCAUGACCAUUGUCUCUUGACCACCGCGAGUGCAUUAUCAGCCUUGUUACGCACUACUUUGUUGGGAGCCAGAUGGUUAAAUUCCAUGUUCUGUGGUAGGCUACUCUACAAUCUUCAUGGUCAUGAAAAAUCAUCAUGAAAAAAUUAGGCUUGGGGUUGUGGAAUAUUCAGUGACCAUGAAGUAUUGAACAUGGGGCUGAGAACCUGGGAUAUGUGUUCUGACAAAUUUUUGCAGGUCAAAUUAUUGUAUGUGGCUUGUAAGGAAUGUUAUAUUUCUGUAAGACUAGAGCUUAUAGAAGCCCUGUUUAUACCUGGUUCUCACAUGCAUCCUUUGUCCUGAUCUUGUUCACAUUCUGAUUGUGCCCACAUUUUUAGACAGGUUUAGAUGAUUAAAAGACGCAUUGUAAUCUGAUUGUGAUCAGAUCUUCUUGGCCACCUCCGGAGGUAGUCAGACACAUUGUGUAGAUGGAUCUGGUCAGUUAAACAAUUUAAAUCAUCAUAAUCCCACCCUCUAAAAUCAUUGACAGGUGAUGCCAUUAAUUUAUGACAUCAAUAUUAAAAUAAAUAAUUAAUUUAAUUUUUAAAGAAUAUCUGUCAAAUGAUUUGCAUACAGUGAGCAUAUUGUUGACAGUGAGGGACCAGGAUUUCUGGUCACAAUGCAGAACGGAUAAGAGACACUUUUUUUUUGUAUGUGUAGAUGCACGACUACGAUGUGGGUAAGAUCAGGACAAAAGACACAUGUUAGCACCAGGUAUAAACAGGGCUAGAGUGUAUCGAUUAUAGUAUGUCUCGCCCUGUUGGAGGCCUACAGACACCUGUGGAACUAAACUAGGUUAAUCUGGCUCUAUGUACUGUAUAUAUGAUACAUAAUCUGUGAUUGACCUUAAGCAGUCAUUAAAUACUUAAUACUC